AUGGAGAAACAUAACCUUAUCUUUUUAACCCUUCUCUUCUUUCUACCUUGUUCACUUUCCUUUGUUCCUAUAGACAACUACUUAAUCAACUGUGGAUCACACAACAAUGCUUCACUCUUCAAUAGAGUCUUUAUGAGUGAUUCAACCAAUGCAGGCUUGAAUUUUUUCUCUUCAGAUGAUUCCAUUGCUCUCAUGAACAAAAACCCAUCUCCAAAUUUGCUAACUUUGUAUCAAUCAGCUAGAGUUUUUGUCACCACUGGGAGAUACAGGUUCAAUAUGAAGAAAAAUGGUACUCAUUUGAUUCGUUUUCAUUUCUUUCCUUUUAAAGAUCAAGGUUUUGACUUGAAAUCUGCAAAAUUUAGUGUUUUUGUUAAUGGAAUUUCGAUUCUGAGUGAGUUUAAGCCACCUGGUGAGGCUAUGAUUAAAGAGUUUAUUUUGAAGAUUGAGUCAAACUUGCUUGAAAUUUUGUUUAGACCCUUUGAUUCAGGUUUUGGAUUUGUAAAUGCUGUGGAAGUUUUUACUGCUCCUGAAGAUUUUGUUAUAGAUUAUGGAACAAGGUUGGUUGGUCCUUCUGGUAUGGAAGAGUACAAAAACAUUUCAUCUCAGGUUUUAGAAACUAUUCUUAGGAUUAAUGUUGGAGGUGUGAAAAUAACUCCUUUCAAUGAUACCCUUUGGAGGACUUGGAUUCCUGAUGAGGAUUAUUUGGUUUUUAAGGAAGCAGCUAAACAUGCAGUAAGCACUCAUACACCUGAUUACGAAAAGGGAGGUGCGACUCCGGAGAUCGCGCCUGAAAAUGUUUACAUGACUGCUCAACAGAUGAAUAGAGAAAACACAAGUUUAGCUUCAAGGUUUAACAUAACAUGGAAGUUUCCUGUGGCUUCUGAAGGUGUUCCGCACUUGAUUCGGUUGCAUUUCUGUGAUAUAGUUAGUACUUCACUCAAUUUGCUUUACUUUGAUGUGUAUAUCAAUGGUUACAUUGCAUAUAAGGAUCUUGAUUUGUCGUCGCUUACAUUUCACACUCUUGCAUCGCCGGUGUAUGUGGAUUUUGUUGCUAAUUCGGACAAUUCGGGUGUUAUUGAAAUAAGUGUUGGUCCUUCUGAGCUGAGUAGUUCUAUAAGAAUUAAUGCGAUAUUGAAUGGUGCAGAGCUAAUGAAGAUUGUCAACGAUGUCGAUAAUACUAAGAUUGUGCACAGGAGGAAACAUUUAUGGGUGUUGAUAGGUUCAGUUAUUGGAGGAAUUGUUGUUUUGUUUUUGGUUUUAACUGUUGUUCUACUUGCUACCAAAUGCAGGAAGAAGAGACCAAAAGAAACGACGGUCGGAAGUGUGGGAUGGACGCCUUUGCGUAUGUUCGGAGGGAGUUCUCUUAGUAGAACAUCCGAACACGGUUCGUAUGGAUAUCUUGGAAUGAAGAUCCCUUUUGCUGAUAUACAAUCAGCAACAAACAAUUUCGAUAGAAACUUGAUUAUAGGGUCUGGUGGAUUUGGUAUGGUUUACAAAGGAGUACUUGGAGACAAUGUAAAAGUUGCUGUCAAGAGAGGUAUGCCAGGUUCAAGACAAGGCCUUCCGGAAUUCCACUCUGAAAUAACGAUUUUAUCCAAAAUUCGCCAUCGCCAUCUUGUUUCAUUAGUUGGUUUCUGUGAAGAAAAUUCAGAAAUGAUACUUGUCUAUGAGUAUGUCGAAAGAGGUCCAUUGAAAAAACAUUUAUAUGGUUCGUCGCGACAACCUCCUCUCACUUGGAAGCAACGGCUCGAGGUAUGCAUCGGUGCAGCUAGAGGUUUGCAUUAUCUUCAUACUGGCUUCGCUCAAGGAAUCAUCCACCGCGACAUUAAAUCGACCAACAUAUUGGUCGACGAAGAUUAUGUAGCAAAGGUUGCUGAUUUUGGUCUUUCGAGAUCAGGGCCAUGUAUCAACGAAACGCAUGUGAGUACUGGUGUGAAAGGUAGUUUUGGCUAUCUUGAUCCCGAGUAUUACCGUAGGCAACAACUAACCGAUAAAUCAGAUGUAUAUUCAUUCGGAGUUGUUCUUUUCGAGGUUCUUUGUGGAAGACCUGCAGUUGAUCCACAACUGACUAGAGAACAGGUGAAUUUAGCAGAAUGGGCUAUUGAAUGGCUGCAGAAGGGAAUGCUGGAUCAUAUUGUUGACCCUCAUAUUAUCGAUGAGAUCAAACCAAGAUCAUUGAAGAAAUUUGGCGAAACAGCAGAGAAAUGUUUAGCUGAAUACGGUGUCGACAGACCAACUAUGGGUGAUGUCUUGUGGAAUUUGGAAUAUGCACUUCAGCUUCAAGAAAGCGAACAACAAAGGGUGAUACGCGAUGAUAGCGGUGGUAGCGAAGCAGAUUACGAAACAACAAGAACCAUUCAUGAAAACUCUAGCAGCAGAAGAAUAGAGAGAGAUUAUGACAAUGAUUGUUCAGAUGUUAGUACUAGCCAAGUGUUUUCCCAGCUCAUGAAUAAUAAUGGUAGAUGA